UCCAGCUUCUCAUGGGCUCCUCUCAAUUGUCUUCCAGUGGAUAUCAUGGAAAUCAAGGAAAUCCGCCCCGGGAAGAACUCCAAGGAUUUUGAGCGCGCGAAGGCAGCCCGCCAGAAGGAAGACUGCUGUUUCACCAUCUUGUACGGCACCCAGUUCGUCCUGAGCACUCUCAGUUUGGCAGCUGAUUCUAGAGAAGACGCGACUAAGUGGCUCUCUGGCUUGAAAAUCUUACACCAGGAAGCGAUGAGUGCGUCUACGCCCACCAUUAUUGAGAGUUGGCUGAGAAAGCAGAUUUAUUCAGUGGAUCAAACCAGAAGAAACAGGUGAGAUUCGUUCAUAUUUUUGUGGGUUUUCUUCCAGAUCAUUUUGGCCUCUGGUGCUCUUUCCUUGAACAUCCCGAGGCAGUCGGAGCAUGUUUUGUGGUGUGGAAAGGUCCUCGUGAGGUUGGAUUGGACCCUCGAGGUACCAGGCACCGCACCAGGUGCUGGGUGUUGAUGGAGACACGACCGUCUGGGGCCUUGCUUCCGUGGAUGCUCAAGUCCGUCUGCACAGACAACUUCUCUGGAGCACUUGGACCUUGUGCUUGAGGCCUUUGUAUUCCAGCACCUUCCGUGUCCCUGGGAGAAACGAGAUCGCCGUGGCGCCUGCCCAAUUUUGUGGUGGGACAGAGGUCCACCGUUAACGAAGUAACCCGUGUUGACUCGCGAUGGUUACUCGGGCUGGGCGGACGUGAGCCGGGCAACAGGAUAACACGCAAUUCGUUGUGCUUGUUCACUGAACAGCACGUCUCAGAGCAGUUCCCUCCCUGUCAGCACACAUGAUGCUGUGUGCCAGACGUUUCUGUAACAAACAUGGUUUUGUCCUUGGCUGGAGUGUAAUUUCCUUACUUAUGAGAAAUCACUUCCUUCUUGAUGGAGGCAGAGUGGUUCCUGGUCCUUUGUUAUCAUUGUGUCGACUGUUGCCGUGGCAACCUUUGGGUCUCCCUGUGGGUAAACGUGUGAUAGAGUCUUAGAGGAGGGGUCCCAGCCAUGCAGCGUUUUCUGGUCUACCAUUUUGAGGGAGGUGGUAGCAAUUAGCAUUUGCCCCAGCGGUCAGGAGGGCACCCCUUUCCCUAUGCCCUGUAUCACCGGACUGACCCGUGAUGACUUAUGGGUGAAAGGCAACAGCAGAUUUUUGCUUAAAUUUGUAUUUAUUUAUGAGUGAAGUUGAAGAUGCUCUCAUCUGUUUUUUUAGGUUAUGAUCCAGUUGUUAUUAAUAAUAAACUGAUAAAAACCA